GCCCAGCUAUCACAGCUCGUAAGAACGUCGGACAGUACGGACAGUGGUCGGUGCCUGGAGCCUUGAGCGUAUCAGAGUGUUCUCCCCCGUACCGUCGGCCGGAACGUGCGUGUGUGUGUAAGUGCAGAACGUGUGCGUGUGUCGCGUGAGUGUCCCAAGGUUCCUUGUGAGACGGAUUUACUCCGUAGUUCAAUUUCAUCAACUCCGUUCUUUUGCUGCAACGUGCAAAAGGUUGAGAAGAGUGUCCCAAGUACUACAGGAUACGGAGUCAGUGUUACCAGAGGACUGUUAUAUAAGCGAGCAUACGAGCAAGUGCUGCUAGUGGAUAACUACCAGGGCGAAUCUUUGUCGAGACAAACGCUAUCCUAACUCACACGUUCUGCCAUAACACCAUACCUGCUGAGAACAGCUCAUUGAUAAGCUCUACGGCCAGGACAGACACACACAGAGAGGUCACAAUGACGUCGAUAAACGUGGACAAAUACAAGCUGUCCGACAAAACGGCGAAGCUUACGGCAAAAGACAUUAUCCCGUGCGUACAGUCGUCCGAUUCUGCCGAGACUCGCGAGUUUCUGAACAAAAUCGCCGAGCUGCUGGUCGACUAUGUCAACGUACAGAAUGACCGGAAGGAGAAGAUCCUCGAUUUUCACCAUCCCGAGGACAUGAAGAAGCUGCUCACGCUUGACAUUCCCGAGGAUGCGGUCACCCUGCAGCAGCUGGUAAAGGACUGUGCCAUGACGCUGAAGUAUCAGGUGAAGACGGGACAUCCGCAUUUCUUCAAUCAGCUGUCGUGCGGACUGGACGUGGUUUCGAUGGCCGGCGAGUGGCUGACGGCGACGGCCAACACCAACAUGUUCACGUACGAGAUCGCCCCGGUCUUCAUCCUGAUGGAGAACGUCGUGCUGUCGAAGAUGCGUCAGAUUAUCGGUUGGGAGGGUGGUGACUCCAUCCUGGCACCCGGUGGUUCCAUCUCGAACCUGUACGCGUUCCUGGCCGCCCGGCACAAGAUGUUCCCGAACUACAAGGAGCAUGGCGCCCGUGCCUUACCCGGUGAGCUGGUGAUGUUCACCUCGGACCAGUGCCACUACUCGGUCAAAUCGUGCGCCGCCGUCUGCGGGCUCGGCACGGACAACUGCGUUAUGGUACCGUCCGAUGAGCAUGGGCGCAUGAUUGCGACCGAACUGGAGCGGUUGAUCCUGGACCGGAAGGCCCGUGGUCAGAUUCCGUUCUUCGUGAAUGCGACCGCCGGUACGACGGUGCUCGGUGCGUUCGAUCCGAUCAACACGAUUGCCGAUAUCUGCGAGAAGUACAAGUGUUGGUUCCACGUCGAUGCUGCCUGGGGUGGUGGACUGCUGCUCUCCCCCAAGUACCGUCAUCCGCGCUUCGAUGGCAUUGAAAGAUGCGACUCGAUCACAUGGAACCCUCACAAGCUGAUGGGUGCCCUGCUGCAGUGUUCAACGAUUCAUUUCAAGGAGGAUGGUCUGCUGAUUAGCUGCAACCAGAUGUCGGCCGAGUAUCUGUUCAUGACGGACAAACUGUACGACAUCAGCUACGAUACCGGCGAUAAGGUGAUCCAGUGCGGUCGGCACAACGACAUCUUCAAGCUGUGGCUGCAGUGGCGCUCGAAGGGCACGGAAGGGUUCGGUAAGCACAUGGACCAUCUGAUGGAGCUGGCCGAGUACGAGGUGAAGCGCAUCAAGCAGCAAUCGGACAAGUUCUACCUGAUCAUGGAACCGGAGUGUGUCAACGUGUCGUUCUGGUACAUCCCGAAGCGGCUUCGCGGGGUACCGCACGACGCCAAGAAGGAGCAGCAGCUGGCCAAGAUCUGUCCGAUCAUCAAGUCGCGCAUGAUGCAGUCCGGUACGCUGAUGGUCGGCUACCAGCCGGAUGAUCGCCGUCCGAACUUCUUCCGCUCGAUCAUCUCUUCCAUCGCGGUCACCGAGGCCGACGUGGACUUUAUGCUGAACGAAAUCGAUCGCCUUGGACAGGAUCUGUAAGGUGGGCGAACGUUACGUUGCGUACGUUCGUGUCUGAGAGCGUUACCGAAGGUAAACCGCCUCGAACCCCUCGGGCGGGCUCUGUCUAGCGAGCUGCUCCUGGUGUGCUAGCCAAAUUGGAGAGCGAGCGAGACAUUUUAAUCAACCAAUGAGUAUCAGUUAUGAAGACAUAUCAAUAUCUUCAACAAGUUGUUGUGUUUUUAGAUGUCCAAAGAAGCUACCCCUGCGAAGGUACAAACUUGUUUGAUGUAGAACAAUGAUGUUUUUGUUUUUAAAACAAAUCCUUGUAAUGUUUAGCAACUGUUAUCGGUCGCUCGUCGAUAGGCCACGAUCCAGGCCAGCAUUUCGUGGUUCAUACUGUCAAAGACAUGUGAGACCGUAUUAGUGAAUCUUUAAUUUUGCUCCGUUCAGUUUUGAUACCUUCCAACGGUGCUCAGCGCCAGCGUUUUUAGCUUCCUUAUGUUAUAGCCUCAUGUAAGCAAAUGACAAAAACCACUAUUUACUGAACCUUGACUGUUGAAUCCCCUUGGGUGGCCGAUAGUAAACGAGAGCGGGGAAACAAAAUUAUACAUAUAUCUAUAUAUAUAUACACAGACACAGAAAGGCAAACCCCUUUAAAGAGAUAUAUACAGCACACUUAUAGAUAUAUAUACAAGGCCACACGCACUCAAUUCGGCACUGAAGCGCAGCAUCCUAUAAUGUAUGCGGCAGAAACACUCAUUUUGGCGAGGAGACGAUCUUGCGCGAUCCAUCCGCAGUACUACUGGGCGCGUCACUCCAUUUCCAUUCUUUUCGAAAGUCCUCGGCAUCAUUACUGUUGGCGCUCGUGUCCAAUCGGUAGAUGUUCGAGGGCGAUCCAUACCCAGCAGAUCACAUAUAGACAUUCAACCGGAAAUAGCCAAAUUCGAUGUACCUUGGAACACACACACACACACACACUUACACACUGAGAAUACGAGAAGACGAGUUGUUCGACAAAAAACAAACAAAAACGAAAUGCAUAAGAGUUGCACAAAAUUUACCAAUUGGUCUAUGUGUAGUGUCGCAAUAACAGGUAACAGGUGACGAUCGCGAUCAACGACGAUAUCGUAACGGGAGGCAUUUACUAAGAUAAUCUAAGAAUCCUUGCAUCCACGUUGGUUGUGUUAGUCCGACGCGUUCAGCGCCAUCAUAGCGAUUACGUUUCCGGUAUCCUUGCUCUAUCCGUGCUGCUUCAUUUGUGUAUUGGUUUUCCGCCAGUUCGUCCACAGUCCAAUGCCGGUGUAGACGGAUGGUCGUAGAUUGAAACGAAUAUGUAAAUAUUAGGCUUUUAGGUAUGUUAACGCUCCAAUGUCUCCUACCGUGGAAAACGGUGUCCCGACACGUGAGAGAAAGAGAAAAGAACGAAGAAGAAAAGCGAGGGAAAACGCUUCUGGAUCUGCUGAGGCGGCGAUCGCUGGACCAGCAAGUGCGCCACCCGUGUAACCUGACUGAGAAUGUUAUCGCCACGCGAAUAAUUGUUGAUGCUAGUGAGGGAUCGUCGACGAUCUGCCGUAUCUCGAUGAACUACGAGAUGAGAAAGGUGGAACGAGAGAAUAUUAAAUUUUGCCAGAGUUUAGCUACGAUGAAGAUCCAUGAAGGUGGUCCGCACCGGCCCACGGGUUUUUGAUUGCGGGUAGGAUUUGUGUGAACCGAUUUGCGCGGUAAGGGACUUGUAAGCUCCUUUCAUUUGCUAACGCAUAUCCGGCCACGAUUAUGUUCGCUUUCCUGCAAAACACCUUGCCACGUAAGGUGUGCUUACUGUAGAUAUCCAUUGAGUAUCCGUUCCGUUCAGACAAUCCUCCUACCCUUUUGAUUGCCCCUCCGUAAACGUAACUUUUUCCGUUUUGGCAGCCAAAGAGUUCAACGCAACAUGCAUUUAAGUGUCCUCCACCCCCGAAAUGGAACCGGUGGACACGGUGUAGGCUAUAUACAUAUAUACAUAUAUACAUAUAACGGUACUGCUUAGGAAUUAAUGUUCUCUGCCAGGACAACAAAAUGGCGAAUGACGAAGCUGUAGUCAUGUGUAUGAUUUCUAGUAGAAUUCUAAUUUUAAGACAGCACUGUUCGAUGAGGCAUAAGCGCAUCGUCGCUUGAUUUCCGGUAACCGUUGGAUUUGGGAACCAAGUUCCAACAACCGACGUGCACCGAAACCAAGCGAACGUGCUCAAAGUGACUCGGCGGAGAACAGUGAGAACAAACGACAAAAUCACAAAGUCUUCCUUCAAAUGAAAUGUUAAUUAAUCAACGAUUCAUGCUCACUCUCAGAUACUCUGAUUUGUUGGCGUUGGCGAGACUGACGAGGUUGCUGGUGAACUUUAACAUGACGCGCGCAAACACACACGUGCCCGGAUGACACACGAUCGGACAGACGAACAAUUUGUAGGUGGAAAAAGGUUAAAAGGAGGGCUUUGCUAAACUCACGACAGCCACUCUUUUGACUCUUUAACGCUUCCAGGUGGUUCUCUGUACCUAACGUACAUACAUUUGAGGUGCACGAAGCAGUCACCAAGCCUCCUCGCCGUGCCCUAUUUGUAUAUUUCAUCUCGAAAGUGAUGUGAAUCGUUUACGCGCAUAAUGUAACAUGGAGGCGAAGAAAGCCGAGAUGAGAAAAUGUGAAGAAAAUCAACUCAAAAAAAGAGGUUUUUGAAAAACUAGAAAAGCAACCAAAAAAAGAGGACAAACGGGAAAACACGGAAACUUAUCUGGCUGCACAACGACCGUGGCUCCAUUGUGGCAGGCAUCCGAGAGAAUUGGAAAUAGUACCACUUGCAAGCCUUCAAAUGAUCCCACGAACGGUGUUGACGGGCUGCUAUAUCCCCUUACCCUAGGGAUCAUUCUCCCCCCAAAAGGCUUUAGUUGUUUAGCGCAGUAGCCAUUGUGCCGUUUGCGUUCUUUAUUUAAAUGCGUGCGAGACUAGCAAUGGUCUCUAAUCCUCCACUCUCAAAUAGAACUCAUUUCGGGCUCCAAUGCCUCGCCAGCUAGUGCAACGCAAUAGAAAUGCAGCAUCUCUCUUCAUCUGUUUAGUGGUCGUUCUCGAGAAAACUGCGAAACCGUGAGCCAGAAACUACUACGAAAGUAAACGAGCAAAUCCCCUUCCUCCCCGUUCCACAAGCCAAUCAAUGCCCACUAGAUGUUAUGUGUUGUU